CGCGGGGGAGCUAGCCGAGGAGCGAGGCCGCGGCGGCUGUGGGACUGUGCUCCGCCCUCUCCUCACCGCGGCCGCCGCCGCCGCCGCCGCCGCCGCCGCCGCCGCCGCCCCCGAGCCUCGCUGGGAGGGACCCGAGUCUCCGCCCGCCGCACUGCCAGUCCGACCCUCCGGCCGCCGCGGAGCAGCAGGCACGGCGCUGCGCGGACCCCGGCAGGUGCGGUGACGAGGCGCCGAGCGGCGCUCCGAGCCCCGAGCCCGCGCUUCGCGGCCCCGCUGCCCGCGCUCCCGAGGGCCGGCCCCCGACGAGGCCGCCGCCGCCGGCGCCGGGCGCUCAGCAUGAACCGCGGCCACCGGCACGGGCUGAGCAGCGGCUGCCUGGGCACCAUGGAGGUGAAGAGCAAGUUCGGAGCCGAAUUCCGUCGGUUUUCACUGGAAAGAUCCAAGCCUGGGAAAUUCGAGGAGUUUUACGGACUGCUGCAACAUGUCCACAAGAUCCCCAACGUCGACGUGCUGGUGGGCUACGCGGACAUCCAUGGGGACCUGCUGCCCAUAAACAAUGACGACAACUACCACAAGGCUGUCUCCACUGCCAGCCCACUGCUCAGGAUCUUUAUACAGAAGAAGGAAGAAGCUGACUACAGCGCCUUCGGUACAGACACCCUGAUCAGGAAGAAGAAUGUGCUGAGCCACGUGCUGCGCCCCGACAACCACAGGAAGAAGCCCCACAUCGUCAUCAGCAUGCCCCAGGACUUCCGGCCUGUGUCAUCCAUCAUAGAUGUGGACAUCCUCCCGGAGACACACCGAAGGGUCCGUCUGUACAAGUACGGCACGGAGAAGCCCCUGGGCUUCUACAUCCGGGAUGGCUCCAGCGUCCGGGUGACGCCACAUGGCUUGGAGAAAGUGCCUGGGAUCUUCAUAUCCAGGCUCGUCCCCGGGGGUCUGGCCCAGAGCACGGGACUGCUGGCUGUCAACGAUGAGGUGUUAGAAGUCAACGGUAUCGAGGUGUCAGGAAAGAGCCUGGACCAAGUGACGGACAUGAUGAUCGCCAACAGCCGCAACCUCAUCAUCACUGUGCGCCCGGCCAACCAGAGGAACAACGUGGUGAGGAACAGUCGGACUUCCGGCAGCUCCAGCCAGUCCACCGACAACAGCCUUCUGGGCUACCCGCAGCAGGUGGAAGCCAGCUUCGAGCCGGAGGACCAGGACAGCGACGAGGAGGACAUCGUCAUCGAGGACAGUGGCGAGCCUCGGCAGAUCCCGAGGGCCACCCCCGAGGCCCAGAGCCUGGAGUCUCUGACGCAGAUCGAGCUCAGCUUUGAGUCGGGGCAGAAUGGCUUCUCCCCGCCGCAGGACAGCAGCCUGGACACAGAGCUGGAAACCCGCGCUCAGGGCCAGAAACUCUUAGAGGAGGACGGAACGAUCAUAACACUGUGAGCCGCCUUGUGCGUCUUCCGAGUGUGAGUGUGUGGAGCGCUGUAAAGCUGGCACGCAGCUGACCCCGCGGGCCUCCAGGCCGUGGUGUUCGUGGCUUAAAGUGUGUCUGGGAUGGGCCGAUUGCGGUGAUGGUGCGAGUGUGAGGCCUCGGCCGUGGGGCGGGUGCUGCUCCUCCGCAGAGCCCUGUUGCCGCCCGCGGCCUGUCCCCGCCUGCCGUGCAGAGCCUGUUCUUUGCCCUCUGGGAAGUGAGCGUCUCUUCUUCCCACUGGGGACGUCAGUUCUUAGGUUCCCAAAGUUGAUGUUUUCCGACUUAAAAAUGUUCCUCUGUUAAUUGUGACAAAUUAUUUUUCUCCUAUGCAGUUUUUGUUCUGUUUUCCCAUUUUCUAAUACUAACCAGCUGGCCAUGUUUAGGGGUGCUUCCUGCUACCCAGCCCUGGAGCACCCGCGUCCCCACCCUGUAUGUAGUUGCCGCAGUCCUGCUGAUUGCCCUUUAACCUGUUGGCCUCCUUAUCCCCAGUCCAUUGGAGGUGGUAUCUGUCUCAAGCGAUCGGGUGCGUGCGUGCGCAUGUGCUGUUCAGUGUAGUUAGUGUGCUCCCAACACUCUUCCAGUGUACCAGGCAGCAUGGAUCGUUUUGGAUAAAAAGCCCCCCAGGUUCAGAGACUCACACAUAGGACAGAUGUGCACUUUUUUUACCACUGAAGACGGAGUUUUUCUUCCUGGGGAUUCUAGGGGCUGCCUGUGUCAAGUUCACUACCCAUAGGGGUGAUUGUAUGAGUCUAUUUAUUCUUUCCUGUGCAUCCGCUCAGGGCCUGCAGCUGCCUCCCCUCACCUGACUCCCUGCGUCGCACGCACAGCCACCGAAGUCUGCACGUGUGGACUCAGACCGCCCUGAGUCCCCGAGGUGGACAGUUAUUUAUUGCCUGGGCUCACGGCAGGGAGAGCGCGCACACCUCACAGCUGUGUCCUUUUACAGCAGCGAAGAUUCCGACGACUCCGGGUUGAAGGACAUUUUUUUUUUUUUUCUCUAUGGUAAGAGCCGGCAGAAAUGAAGUCUUGACCCCGUGAAGGGGGCGGACUCCACCGCUACUGAAGAUGUUACCUGUCCGCGCCUAGCCGAGGCUACGUGCAGCGACGCAGUGACUGUUGAAUCCACUGAGCUCUUCCUCCCCGGCACCACUGCCUAGCAGCCUCCCGCUUUGACCCCAGGCGCCGUGCGGGGCGGCUCCCGGCUGGAAGGUAACUUUAGGGUUAGAAGGCACAGUUGCGUACGUGAGCUGAGUGGUGCCCGGGUUCGACAUUGUAAGUAAAAUACUCCCACAUACUACCUCUCUUCUCUCUCUUUCUCUCUCUCUCUCUCUCUCUCUCUCUCUCUCUCUCUCUCUCUCUUUUAACAUUAGAACUUUUUCUCUUGGGGGAAAAACUUCAGGGCUUGACUUUUGUACAAAUUUUAACUGUAAACCACAGAUUUUUUUUUUCUUCCGUCUGAAAAUGGAGAUCAAAGCUGCUGAUGCUUAUUAUAUAUUAAAGGACAAUAAUGUUAGCAAUGAUGUCUUACCAACUGAGUGAGUGAGCAGUAGACUUUUUGUGAGGCCAGCCGGUGAAUCCUGGUUAUGGGGUCCGGUCUCGGGUCUGGUUGGCUCCGUUCUUGAGGUAUGUCAGCAGCUCAGCGUACGGUUUUGUUGUCCCGAAUGUCUCGAGCCUCACUGUGAAUUCUGUCCUGUCCUUAGUCAACUAUGUCAAAAGAUGCUGUGCUGCUGUGAACUGUGGAUUUUCUAAUUAAAUUUUACAUGCUAUAACAUGAUUUUUACAUGGAUGAUACUUUGUCUAAACUAUCAAAUGUCAGUAUUUUACUACAGUUUUAUUAUAAAAUGUACAUUAUCACUAAAUGAACUUUGAUUUAAAAAAUCAAGUUAGCUUUAGUUACAUAUUAUUUUUUACGAAUAAAAAAUGGACUUGUACAAAG